AGGAAAAUGCGAGAAAACGGCCGGCCGUCCGCGGCGAAUCUAACGGCCGGCGGCGACGCUGUAUCCACCAGCACGGCGAAACGGCCGCGUCGUCCGCACGCGCGACAGUCUCUCGUCGGCCGCCGCUCUCCCUCGAUUCGCGCCGGCGGCGAUAACUUCCGCUUACGAGCGCGCGGGAUGGCGUCCGCGCUUUGCUCUCCCCGCCACCACCACCGCUCAUAUCUCUGCCGCCGCCUCCGCCCCGCCCCUCCCAGCCAAGCCCGUCCCCGGAGCGGCCCAUCAGGAUUGGACACCACAAGGUUCCUUCGUUCCCGCCCGAUGUCCACCGGUAGGGGCUGUCCCGCAUCGCGUUCGUCCAUGGAAGCAUCCGACAGCAACCAAGGACCAGAACAUCUCGUUGUUCUGAUUCAUGGUAUCAUGGCAAGGGGCAGUGGAGCUGUACAGGUGUGGGAUUGACAGAAUCAAGUGUGAAUGGGUGAUGUGCCCAUUGAGCUAGUUAUAGAUGGUUUCAAAGGAUUAAUAAUGCACAAUGUAUUGUUCUUUUAUCUAAAAUACAUAUGGACGUUCUGAAAUCUGCCAUGUGGUGGGUGUGGAAAAAAAAAGACAUAGUUUUGAAAAUAUAUGUCUUCAAUGGUUCUUCCUGUGGAGCAUAAUCAAGCCACUGUCAAAAUUGACUCUGGAAUGUAAACAUGCUCUUUGCUGUAUCCGAAAUGAGGAUGCCAAGACAAGAGCACAAGCUGGACAUACACCCACCUACAAAGAUGAUACUAGGACAUUUUCAUGACAAAUGCUCCAACAUGCGUAUAUAAAUUGAUUUCAGCAAAAAAGAAAUGUGUAUAUAAAUUGAAAGACUUGUAGUUCAAUUUUUUCUGACAUUUCUUUGUAAUCUGAGAGUUUGCAAGGAUUGUAUUAGUCAAGUUGCAAGUAAAUGCAGAUCUCUUUGUACUCUGUACAAUAUAUGCAAGAUAUUUUUUCUUUAA